AUGAAGAGGAUUAGUUCCAACUGUAUCAUUUUUCUUCUGCAUCUGGUGUUACUGUUCAAUUUUGCGCAUAGUAAAAAUGAAUACACGAAAUUGUUCGACAAAUGCGCCAACGAGAAGAACGCCUUCGAUUGUUUGAAGAAAAGAGCGUUAGAUAUCCUCGAUUCAGCUGUUAGAGACGAUUCAGUGUAUGUGUUGAACGAAUAUAUCUCCAUUGGAAGAGAUCCUGUCGCUGCUGCCAGGAGUAUCGAUAGAUCGUUCAAGGAUGCGAACGGAACGGAGCUGACUCUCGACCAGAAACUGGAUAACAAGUUCCACGAGUACAUUGCUUCUAGGAGCGUUAAACUCACUAUUCCUGGAGAUGCUUUUCAAGGUCGAAAGAAGAAGGACAAAGGAUACGGGGCCUUAAUGAUGGGAGCUCUGGCUGUAGGAGCAAUGAUGGCCCAGCUAGCUUACGGAAAAAUCGCCUUCCUGGCAGGAACAGCGUUGCUCACGGCGAAAAUAGCGUUAGUUCUCAGUGCAAUAAUCGGGUUGAAGAAGCUAGUGUCGAGUCAAGGCGGCGGUGGACACGAAGUGAUCUACGCGACAGGUGCUGAUCAUCAUUCAGGAUAUAGCGGAGGUUAUGGCGGAGGCGGCGGCGGCGGCGGAUGGCAGAGAACCAUGGAGAACGUUGGCGUUCCUCCAACUUGA